AUGUCUACUUUGCAGCGUCGUAGAGUCAAUAGAGCGGAUUCUGGAGACACCUCCUCCAUUCAAUCUUCUGCUAACAAUAACAAUACUAAGGGAGACAAAAUCGCCGGUAUUACUGCUGAUGGUGAUGAUGAUAACGGAACGAAUAAAAAGAUUGCAUAUGACCCAGAAGAAUCGAAAUUGAGGGACAAUAUUAACAUCCCUACAUUAACUUUGAUGGAAGAAGUUUUACUGAUGGGUUUGAGAGAUAGAGAAGGAUAUUUGUCGUUUUGGAAUGAUAGCAUUUCAUAUGCUUUACGUGGUUGUAUAAUUAUAGAAUUAGCGUUAAGAGGUAAAAUCAGAAUCUUAGAUGACUCCGCCAGGAAAAGAUUCGAUCUUUCGGAAAGAUUGAUUGAAGUCAUUGACAGUUCCAAAACUGGGGAAGUUUUACUGGAUGAAACUUUGCAAUUGAUGAAAAACGACGAACCUUUAACAAUUUCUAAUUGGAUUGACCUUUUAAGUGGUGAAACAUGGAACCUUUUGAAGAUCAACUAUCAAUUGAAACAAGUCAGGGAAAGAUUGGCGAAAGGUUUGGUUGAUAAGGGCGUACUAAGAACAGAAAUGAAAAAUUUCUUUUUGUUCGACAUGGCGACACACCCUAUUGCAGAUGCGAGCUGCAAAGAAGCCAUCAAGCGCAGAGUACUUUCCGUACUCGUAUCGAGGAACAUGGAAUUAAGUUACAAUGAAUAUUUUCCGGAGACAACAUCUUUUAAAAUCAUUAGAACUUUAGCUUUAAUAUGUGGAUCAUAUGGGGCAAACGUAUUGGAAAAUGUCCUGACUACGUUGGAAUAUGAGAAGAGAGAUAAGGCAAUUAGUAGAGCCGAAGAAAUAAUGGCGCAAUUUUCGCAAUAUCCGUUUGAUUUAGAAAAAGAGACUGAAUUAGGCGUCUCUGUUAAUUUAAAUAAGGAAGUUAAGGAAGAAGUAGAAAAAAAUCCUGGUCAUGAUUUACAACUGGAAGUUAUUGCUGGUGUAUUUGAAGUCUUUUCGAGAAUGGAUUUGCUAUUAUGA